AUGGUGCCGGGGGGGCACACUACCCAGUGCCUUUGUCUCUUGCUUUUGACCUGCCUGCUGGCCCUGGCAGCAUCUUUUCCUGAUGUUGACAUAAGAAACUUGUACCUCCUCAAUGGCACAAUGGAUGACAUCAUGAAUGCUCCCCCAGAGUCCUCCCAGCUGGGUGAUGGUGAUGGACACGUCCGACAGGCCAGGGACAUCGCCCACCACCCUCCAGUCAGCCAUGCCUCAGGGUGGCCCAAGGACUGCAGUGAGAUCCCCCGUGGCAGCCACAGCGGCGUCUACAUCAUCCAGCCCAAAGGGCUCCACCACCUCGUGGUGUACUGCGAGAUGAACGUGACCCACGGCGGCUGGACCGUCAUCCAGAGGAACCAGAGGGACACCCCUGUCACCUGGGCCGAGUCCUGGAGCACCUACAAGUUUGGCUUCGGGAACGUGCGCACCGAGUACUGGCUGGGCACCGAGUACAUCCACCAGAUUGCCAAGCAGAAGGUCUACCAGGUCAGGUUUGUCAUCCAGGACUCGGCAGACAACCUCAGCUUCGCUGACUACAACCUGUUCAGCGUGGAGGACGAGUCCCACGGCUACCGGCUCAGGCUGGGCUCCUACAAUGGCACAGCUGGGGAUGCCAUGACCUCAGACAAUCCCAACAACAUGCAUGACAACAUGAAAUUCUCCACAAAGGAUCAGGAUCAGGACACCUACAGUAAGAACUGUGCCUACAGCUAUGAGGGCGGGUGGUGGUACUCGUCGUGUUACUCCGUGCGGCUGAAUUACAAGGGGGGCCUGACAUGGGGCAAUCUGUGCAAGGGGAACUGCAAAUCCUCUCUUAUCCUCAUUAAACCAGCUUCAUAUUGUUAGUGCUUCUUCCUCCUCCUGUCCACAGUGGACACUCUGCAAAGGCUCUGCACAGCCAAAGAGUGUGAGCCUCCCUGGAGCAGAGCGAGGAGCACAAGGGUAGCAGGGCUUUAAUGAAAUGCCACUUUACA